AUAUCAAGUAGAUAAUACCGAUUGUGCGAAAGCUGUAUAGUGUUGGCCAAAGGCAGCUACCCCAGGGAGUUUAGAAGGAUUGUUUACUACCAAGCGGACCGAAUCCUCCAUCGCUGUAAAAAAGCGACCUGACCAAAAUGGAUGUACGCACGAUCGAAGAGGCAGUUCUUGCCUUCUAUAGAAGCGGAAAUCGUCAGCAGGAGGACACCCACCAAUGGUUGCAGCAAAUUCAGGAAAGUCCUCAGGCUUGGUCCUUCUGUUGGGAAUUGAUGCAACUAAACAAACCGUCUGAAGUUCAAUUUUUCGGAGCCAUCACACUUCACUCGAAACUCACGAAACAGUGGGCUGAGGUUCCGAAGGAGGCACAUAAUGAGUUCAAACAGAAGCUGCUGGAAAGUAUAGUGCUUUUUGGUAACGGUCCCAAAAUUGUGCUGUGUCGGUUGUGCAUCUCGAUGAGUGUUUUCAUAGUACAUAUGCUGGAACAUCCAACCGUGAUUGAGGAAGUAACGGGAAUGUUUUUGAACGAGCAACUCGGAAAUUUGUCCAAGAAUACACAGCUGGAGAUUCUGAUGUCGGUACUCGAAGGCAUUCCAGACGAGGCGGAAUCCGUUCACACCCGGAUACCGCGGUCGAUGGUUCGUGAGGAGCUGAACAAGAAAGCAGAAUUUGCUACGGGUACGGUGAUUAACUAUCUCAGUGAAAAGCUUAACAGUGGUCGGAUUGAUGAGAGCGAAACCAACGGGUUGAUAAAUGCCACGAAAAGUCUUGCAACGUGGCUCAAGUACGGGAACAUCCGGUUGGACGGGUGCGAAACAAUGGUGCAGGUUCUGCUCAAGCUGGUACAUUAUUGCUACUGGAAGGAACCCAAAGAUGAUGGGUGUCUUUCCCAGGAAGAUAGCGAUCUCGCGGAAACGGCCGUAAAAGCUCUGGUGAAAAUAAUGAGCUCUCAACAUAGUAACGGGUACAAGUAUUCCUCGACUGUCAUUCGUUACAUGCACCUAUUCUUGGAUGUGCUGAGUCCUAUCCUCGAUGUGGAAUAUAAGGAGAACAAUGAGAACGAAAAUCUCGCAUUUGUCAUCUACACGCUAUUUCUUUCGACGUUGGAGUGCUACUCUACGGUCAUUUUCGCAGGUAUCCUUUCCGAUGACGAAGAGCUGGUUAAAGUAUACGGGAGAACUGUAGAUCUAUUGGUAAAGUGCACGGACAAACCCGGAACUUAUCCGGUGGAUGAAUCGUGCAGUACUUUGGCAAUGGAAUUUUGGUACUUGUUGCAAGACGAGGUACUUUCCAUGCCAAGCGAUGAGAAGAAAGUGAAACGAUGGGAAGCGAUCAAACCAGUAUACGUUCAUAUAGUGAAAGUUUUAAUUAAGAAAAGCCAGUUGCCAAAUGAAAAAGCAUUGCACAAGUGGAAUUCCGACGACUUGGAAACGUUCCGAUGCUACAGACAGGACAUUGGGGACACGUUAUUGUCCUGCCACGACGUCUUAAACGAUCUUAUGCUGGAUGUCCUAUCUGAAGCUUUGGAUGAAUCGAUCGCGUAUCUCAAUUUCGAUCCGCAAAAUACCGACAAUUGGCCCCUGUUAGAAGCGACCAUCCAUGCGUACUGUUCAAUAGCACAGAAAAUAGAAUAUGCCGAGUAUCCACAAAUUGUGAAAUUGCUCAAAGUAUUAAACGAAAUUCCCUACGAAAAAUACAGCGAAAAGUUGCUUGGAAUGGCUUUGGAAACUGCGGGAGCCUACAGCGAUUGGAUCAGCGAUAAUCCCAAGUAUCUCCCUGCGGCAAUCGAGCUGCUUGUCAGAGGUCUCAGUUCAUCACAAGCGUCCCAAGCCACUCUGGGUCUUAAAGAUCUUACCUCCGAAUGCCAAAAGGAAAUGGCACCAUUUGCUCUGCCCCUGCUGGAUGCAUGCCGCGCUGCCCUCCAAGGAAACCAUUUGAAAAAUUCGGAAAUGAUCCGUCUAAUGUACACCGUGGGCAACAUCAUGAGUGUCAUUUCGUACGAGAACAUCCUGCAUUAUCUCGAUCUUAUGGUUUCGCCCUGCUUCGAAGAACUCCAAAUGAAUGUGCAAAAUCAGAACACCAGCGAUGCCGCCAAGGGUAGAGUCAUUCUACGACUCGAAAUGAUUGCCAAACUGUUCUCGUCUCUUAACACGAAGAAACCAGCAGGCCAGGAGGAAGACAUUCCGAUCGCACGAGCCCAGCCACCACCACAAACGCAAUCGCCAGCGGUGCAACCGAUUCUGCUAAUUUUGGAGAAAACAAUGGUCCUUCUGAAAACCUUAUGCACCAUGUGGCUGCACGACGAAAGCGUCAUAGAGACCUUAUGCAAAGCGCUGCAGCAAGCGCUUACCAAUUUGAUGGAGGACAUCAAGCCACUGCUGAACGACAUGUGCUGCCUGAUAUUGCUCAUCUUUGCCAACAAAUGUGCGCCUUCCGCUGUCGAGAUGGCCGGCAAUUUUAUUCUCAUUUUCUACAAUGAUCCCGAGAGCAAGGGAAGUAUGAAACAACUGUUUACUGCUAUCAUGGAAUACAACUUUGGACAAAUGCAGCAAUACGAUGAACAACAAAAGCUAUCUGACGUUGCGGAUUUGAUAGAAACCUUCUUCUUGUUCAACACGCGUAUCACCAAGAAAAUGUCCAAAUGCUAUGGUGAAACACAAGCAGAUUGUACGAGAUUAAUAGAAUAUGCUAUGAAAAGUAUGAUGCUACCGGAGACGGGCCCUAUCAAGAAAAGUGUUGGAUUUCUAUCGAUAUUUAUCAAAGAGUCACGCAACUGUCCCCUGAUGAUGAGUGCGGUCGUGGCCCAGGGGGAAAAUCUUCUAAGCAACACUUUCCUCUGUCUUGGCGGCUAUACACCACGUGCCCACGUGGAUGUGUUUGCAGACAUCUUCCUCGCUCUCAACUAUAAGUAUCCGAGCGACUUCCCCCGGUGGAUCAAAGUUCUAGAGAAACCAAACUUUCCAACGUUGUUCGUUAGUCAGUACGACAAGGAGCUGUUCAUCAAAAAAGUACUCAAGGAAAAAGUGAACCGAAGACUGGUGCAAGAGCACGUCCGCAAAUUUGCUGCCGUUUGCCGGAACGCAGUCGAGUGGGAGAUUGAUUUUAGAACGAGCUAAUAAGUUAGAUUACCAACAGGAUGGACAGCCUAAAACGGGCAAAAGAAGAUUGUAUUGACAAAACCGCAAACGCAGAUGCUGGGUUCUCUCGAUUGUGAUUUUAGAUUUUAGGUUCUAAACGUGGACAUCGCGUGUCAAGAAAGCUUAAGCAAUGUAUUACGUAUUGAGUGUCUGUGUAGUAGUUUGUGAAACGAAUACGUUUCGUUUUGUAGCCCUCCCUCAACCCCAGAAGAAGCCAGUGAUACGUAAUGGAAAUUCCUACUUCAAUGUGAAUGUACUGCGAAUAAUGAUUUUAUUUUAUCAAAAGUAAA